AUGGCCAGUCUCAAGGCACUGGUCUUCGGCCUGCUCCUCCUCAUCAGCCAGGCCCUCGCCUCCCGCGUCGUCUUCCUCGGCCGAUUCGCAGACCCGACCAAGCCCGACCAGGUCAAGAAGCCCUCGCGCACGACCAAGAGCCUCCAGAUGCCCGACGACAAGGCGAGCCAGGCCAUGGCCAGGAUGAAGGCCUGGUCCAACAACAAGUACCAGGCCAACCCGGGCGACCACAACACCGUGCAGAUCAGCAACGUCGCCCUGGCCAAGACGCGUCCCGAGGCGACCAAGAUGGUGGAGGAGAUGCAGGCGAUCAUCAAUAAGAACUACAAGGCCGGCGACAAGACGAUCAAGGACAGGUUCACGGUCGGGCGCAAGCAGCUGCAGCACGCGGUCAAGUCGGGCAUCAAGAAGACGACCAAGGCGAUCUUGCCGGCCAAGAAGAACACCAACACGCUGCAGAGGCCCAAGCUUCGAAGACGGCGGGAGCGACAGGCAAUUGAGUGGGAGGCAUGA